UUUUCUCUUUCUUAGCUUGGACAAAGAUGGUUAUAGGGUCUUUUUUCUUUCAAUGGAAACUCGAUUUUACUGCUUUCUUGUCGUUGUUCCGUUUGGUUGAGCUGUUCUUUCUACUUUCUGUAAUUAUUUUUUAAACUUCUGUGUUCAUGGAUUAGUCAUAUGAAGAUGCUUGGGAUUUGGAUUCACGAUAGCGCUUGCCAUAUAACUGAUUUAUAUGUAUUUAUGUGUUUGGAUUUUGGAGAGAGAUUGAUGUGUGAGUUCCAAUUGUUUAGGGUUUCUGAAUUGUGAUUUUUCUGCUCUAAAUUGUUGUGUAUUUUCGUUUUGUACUGAAGUCUAUAGGAUAUUUGAAUGUAGCUUGUGAACAGUAACCUAUUAAGCUUGACAUUUCUUGAAGAUGAUAAUCUAUGAGCUUCACUUUGACUUUUACAUACUUGCAAAAUACAAUGCAAUUGAAAUAGUUCUCUCCGUUGAGUUUUUCAGUUAAGAAAGCAAUGUGUCCUAAGUAGCCGCAUCAAGAAGAAAUCCUCCAAGAACAAAGAGUAGAGUGUAAACUUUUCAAAAUGAUAAUGUGCUUCAUACAAGGAGGAAAACUUCUAUUUAUAGAAUUUCUUACAACAUGGGAUAAAAAGGAAUUAACCUAGAAUUUUACCCGAUUAACCCCUAUUUUUCUUGCAUCAGAAAGUAAUCUCUUUGUUGCAUGAUAUGAUAUUAAAAUGGUAUCAGAGUAAGUGGUCCAUGAGGCCCUGUUGGCAUGCUCGGACUCAAGAAGGCCUUGAUUGGAGUUCCUAGCAGACUAAUCUUGUUGAUUCCUUUGAUUGGAUUGGAAGUAUGUAAGAGCUAUCUGUAGAUAUGCUUCCACUGGAUUUCAAUUCUUGGAGUUCAACGAUAAGAAAUCUUUGUUUAAAUGCAAAACACCAAGAAGUUUUGUCCGUUUUUGUUCAUAAGUUCCAAUGCUCAUCGGGCUUUAAACCUGAUAACCACAUUUUUGCUGCUGUUUUCAAAUCAUGUGCUGCUCUUUUUGCUAUCAACGUAGGAAAAGCACUUCAAGGUUAUGCAGUGAAACAGGGGGAAAUAGCAUGCCAGUCUGUGUAUAAGGGAUUACUGAACUUGUAUGCCAAAUAUGGUGCUUUCGAUGAAUGUUGGAAGUUAUUUGAACAAUUGGAUCACCGUGAUGUUGUUACCUGGAACAUAAUCUUAUCUGGGUAUUGUAGGUCUCAAAUACAUGAUACUAAGGCCAUAAGAUUGUUUGUUAAGAUGCACGCAGAGGGGGAAGUGAAGGCAAGUGCUAUUACAAUUGCUAGCAUUCUUCCAGUAUGUUCUCGUGUGGGGAAAGGUGUUGUUGGGAAAAGUAUACAUUCUUUUGUUAUGAAAUCCGGAUUGGACAGGGAUACACUUGUUGGAAAUGCUCUCAUAUCGAUGUAUGCCAAAUCUGGGCAGCCACAGUACGAUGCAUAUGCUGCAUUUAACAGCAUUAUUCACAAGGAUGUUGUUACAUGGAAUACUAUAAUCUCGGCUUUAGCAGAAAAGAAUUUAAUGUCUGAUGCAUUACAAUUGUUUAGUCUGAUGCUGGAAGAACCUAUAGAACCAAAUUAUGUAACAAUUGCAUGUAUUUUACCUGUUUGUGCUUCCUUCGGUAAUAAUGUUUCCUGCAGGUUUGGAAAAGAGAUCCAUGGUUAUAUACAGCGUAGGACUGAAUUGAUAGAAGAUAUUUCUGUCUGCAAUGCGUUGAUGAACCUUUAUUUGAGGGUUGGAAAGAUGGAAGAAGCAGAGAUUUUGUUCUCGCACCUGAAGCAGAAAGACUUGGUUUCAUGGAAUACUAUAAUUUCUGGAUAUUCAUUGAAUGACAAGUGGUUGGACGCUGUAGAUCAUUUCUGCAAGUUACUAUGCUUAGGAAUCGAUCCAGAUUCUGUAACUUUGAUUAGCGUUUUACCUUCUUGUGCAUACUCACAAAAUAUGCUAAUGGGGAAAAUGAUCCAUGGCUAUAUUCUUCGUCAUCCUAUCUUGAGUGAAGAUUCAACAGUUGGAAAUGCUUUAGUUAGCUUCUAUACAAAAUGUAAUGAUGUGAAAUCAGCAUUUCAUUCAUUUUCCUUGAUUUCUAGUAAAGAUUUGAUAUCUUGGAACUCAGUGCUUAAUGCUUUUGCAGAGUUUGGGAACACCACUCAAUUCCUGCAUCUCCUUCACUUGAUGCUGCGGGAAAGAUUCAAACCUGAUCAUUUUACCAUCUUCAGUAUAAUCAAUUUUUGCAUUACAGUUUUAGGAGGGUGUAAAGUUAAGGAGGUUCAUUGCUAUUCAGUUAGAGCUUGUUUAUUUGAAGGUGAUUAUGGUCCUACUAUACUCAAUGCUCUUCUUGAUGCAUAUUCAAAAUGUGGUUUUAUAGAUUAUGCGUUAAAGAUUUUUGAAAGUUCAUCAGGAAAAAGAAACUUGGUGACAUGCAAUUCAAUGAUUUCGUGCUAUGUUAAUUGUAAGUCACCCAAUGAUGCACUUACAAUAUUUUCUGGCAUGUCUGAGACUGAUCUUACCACCUGGAAUCUAAUGAUACGGGUUUAUGCUGAAAAUAAUAGUCCUUGUGAUGCGCUCAGUAUUUUCCGUAGGUUGCAAAUUGAGGGUAUGAAACCGGAUGCAGUUAGUAUUAUGAGCCUCCUUCCAGCAUGCAAUGAAAUAGCAUCAUUUCGCCUAUUAAAAGAAUGUCAUGGAUAUUCAUUUAGAUCAUGUUUUGAGGAUGUAUACUUGGACGGAGCUUUACUUGAUUCAUAUGCAAAAUGUGGAGCUGUGGAUUGUGCUUAUAAGCUUUUCCAAUCAAGCUCUCAGAAGGAUUUAGUUAUGUUCACAUCGAUGAUAAGCGGGUAUGCCAUACAUGGGAUGGGAGAGGAGGCACUCAAGGUUUUCACUAACAUGCUCGAGUCCGGUGUUAAGCCAGAUCAUGUGGUCGUGACUUCCAUUUUAUCUGCUUGUAGUCAUACUGGUCUUGUAGAUCAAGGUUUGAACAUAUUUCAUUCCAUGGAAGAGGUUAUUCAUAUCAAACCAACCAUGGAACACUAUGCUUGUGUGGUGGAUCUCCUUGCACGAGGAGGCCGAAUCAAAGAUGCAUAUUCUUUUGUGAUUGGGAUGCCUAUUCAGCCUGAUGCUAAUAUAUGGGGGACACUGUUAGGUGCCUGCAAGACGCACCAUGAAGUGGAAUUGGGCCUUGUUGUGGCAGAGCAACUGUUUGAAACUAAAGCUGAUGAUAUAGGAAAUUAUGUAGUUAUGUCUAACCUAUAUGCUGCAGAUGCUAAAUGGGAUUGGGUUUUGGAGGUUAGAAAGCUGAUGAAAGAGAAGGAAUUGAAAAAGCCACCCGGUUGUAGUUGGAUUGAAGUGGAAGGAGAGAAGAACUUUUUUUUAGCUGGAGACUCUUUGCAUCCUCAAAGAAACAUGAUUUAUAAUCUGUUAAAUACAUUGCACCAGCAAAUUAAAAGAACUGUUGAUAUAACUUGACGGAGUAAUUAAAUUUUGAUAUGUUGUUUUGUGAAAUAAUGUUAUUUAUAGUGCCAUUGUAGGUUAUCUGAAUUCUUCUGUCUCCAUUCAAUUUAUUCUUUGUACAUUACAAUA